GUGUCUGUGUGCGAGCUGGUCCCUGGUGUUUGUGUCUAGCAUAUGCAUGUGGUUUUGCUGACUGCACUUGCAGGCUUGUAAAUUUUCACCAUGGGAAAUUACCAACAAAGCCCAAUCUGUCUCCUGGCUGCUUUGCACUUUCUGAGGGCGGCUGUACUUGAGGAUUGCAUUUUGCAGCUGAUAAAGCCCUGACUUCAUUCAGCUCGGCUUCGCAUACGCUGCUUUAGGUAAGUUGUCUUCAGCCAGGACGGAGACAGACAGCCUUGGACUGCAAGAUACUAAAAGAAGGACACCUGUAGCUCGGAUGCGGUCAACACAAUUACUUGGCGGAUCCUUGAGGACCUCAUUAUUUUAAACUUAAAGAAUAGUCAUCUCCCCCCGUCUCUCCUACCCCCUUUCUUUUUUUUUCUUCUUCUUUUUCCCCCCAAACAAUGCUUCUUUUUGACCUUUCCCAAGGAGAAGAGCUACAAAGCAGCCACUGUGCUUAUUGAACUGCCUCCCCUUGUAUCGCUUAAUUGAGAAGGUAUACAAAUGCUCUCAGUCCAGCCAGACACCAAGCCGAAAGGUUGUGCUGGCUGCAACCGUAAGAUCAAGGACCGGUAUCUUCUGAAGGCCCUGGACAAAUACUGGCAUGAGGACUGCCUGAAGUGUGCCUGCUGUGACUGUCGUUUGGGGGAGGUGGGCUCCACCUUGUACACCAAAGCCAACCUUAUCCUUUGUCGCAGAGACUAUCUGAGGUUAUUUGGCGUUACAGGAAACUGUGCUGCCUGCAGUAAGCUCAUACCUGCUUUUGAGAUGGUGAUGAGAGCCAAGGACAAUGUUUACCAUCUGGACUGUUUUGCAUGUCAGCUUUGUAACCAGAGAUUUUGCGUUGGAGACAAAUUUUUCCUAAAGAACAACAUGAUUCUGUGCCAGACAGACUAUGAGGAAGGCUUAAUGAAAGAAGGUUAUGCACCCCAGGUUCGCUGAUCUGAUGCCACAUCGUUAAGAAUAUAAAGCACUAUGUUCUUUUAUCUUUUUUGCCCAACAUGUAUAUAAGAAAUGACACAGGAACCUACUGAAUAGCAUAGAUAUAGAGAAACAGGAUGGUUGCGUGGAAUAAAAGGCGGACUGCGUAUGUAUGUAGUGAAAAUUGCUCCAGUUCAGAGUUGAAUGUUUAUUAAAAAGGUACUGUAUAUACUGCUGGAUUUUUUGCUUGCUAUUGUUUUUUUUUUCUUUUUGUGUCACUUGGCAUGAGAUGUUUAUUUUGGACUAUUGUAUAUAAUGUAUUGUAAUAUUUGAAGCACAAAUGUAAUACAGUUUUAUUGUGUUACCAUUUGUGUUCUUGUUUGCUUCUUUGUAUUGUUGCAUUUAGUACAAUCAGUGUCUAAACUUACUGUAUAUUUAUGCUUUCUGUAUUUACCAGCUAUUUUAAAUGAGCUGUAUCUUUCUAGUAAAAAAAGAAAAAAAAUUAAAGAGCAAAUCCCAACAUUAUGCUACACUUAGAGCUUAAAAAUACUAUUUGCAUUAAAACUAUUUAAAAAAAAUAAUAAUUCUAGCAGGAACCACUGCUAAUGAUACUAUGGUUAAGGGUCUAUCAGCACUUCUGUAUAAGCCUCUAUUUUUCAGGGGUUAAGCCUCAGCUGUUUAAUUGCAUAAGUUUCCUCAAAGAGCACUUUUAUUUUCCUACAAAAAUGUUGAGAAAUAAGUUUGGCUGUUUAUGGACAUGUUUUAAAAUGUGCAAAAACUAAUGCUUUUUGGGUGCUGCUUUUAGCUCCUUUGGCAUUCAAAAUUAGUUCAAUUUUUAAUUAAACUGGAAAUUAGGCCGUAAUGGAACCCAGUGCCUUUGGGUAUCUUGUAAUAUAUGUUUAUAAAUAUAUUUUCUGAGGUUGUUUUAAUUUGGAAAAAAGUGACACCUGCUCUUGUGCAGAGAGCUUUUUUUAAAAUCACAGUUCUUAGAAUUUGGGAUUGCUUUAGUUUGUUUUUAGCCUCAAGACUUAACCCUAAACUUCCAUGGAGAGUUGCCUGUGUCUUAAAUAGUUCUUUGGAAAACAGUGAGUUUAGAAAGCACUAAGAGCAGCUUCACUUAUAGGGUCUUCUUACAUUAGAGAAAGCUGAUAUUUUGAAGGUGAUAUGUCACCGGCAACCAAUCCUAACAGGUACUGUACUGAAAAAAAAUUGAAUGCAUUUGUUGCUGGGACAAAACAUUUGAAUAUCCUU